UUUGUUUCAUAUUGGAGAACAGGAGGAGAUUAGCAUGAUGGAACCAGUCACACCUAGUGUCACCAUCGACAUAACUGAAACACGGCCAGCAACUCAUGCUCUCUUGGACUCGGAAGAGACACCAGACAUAGUAGAAGCGGAUGCAACACAUGUUUUGGAUAUGUCCAGCAGCCGUGCAUUGAGUGAGACCAGUGUUAUAGACACCCAAGCAACAAUCUCUGAAAUCAUGCGACUCAUGGAAUCGGAUCCAUUUGAUGCUGACCAAGCUGAACUUCGAUUUUUACAUUCUAAGCCAACAUGCUUCAUAGUCUUGGGCAAGCCAGGGGCUGGCAAGACCACCUUGGCAAAUAAACUUGCCCAGACAUGGCACUGUCAACUACUGCAUGCCACAGACUUGAUCCUUCUGCACAUUGAGCUUCAAACAGAAACUGGUAUCAAGAUGCAAGAGAUUCUGUUGAAAGGAGAAGCGUUACCAGAGGCUAUGGUUGCUAAGAUGAUUGAGGACAAAAUAAACUCCCCAGAAGUGGCUCAUCAUG